UCGCUGUAGUGGGUUAGAGGUGUUCGUGGAACACGAGGCUUUGCUGAGGUGUUUUUCUCGGCCGUUUGGGGAGCUGCUGCGAUGGCGACAGUGGCGCCGGAUGUGGAGGGAACGAGUAUGGCCGCAGCACCUGUGUCAGGGUCUAACAGCUCUGGUGAGUGGCCAGAAGUCGAGGGAGGAGAUGGCGAAGAGGACGCCGCCACGAAAGGAGCGGAGGCCGUUGGGGAAAGCGAGGAGGACGGCGAGGACGUGUUCGAGGUGGAGAAGAUUCUAGACAUGAAGACAGAGGCGGGUAAGAUCCUUUAUAAAGUUCGAUGGAAAGGAUAUACAUCCGAUGAUGACACCUGGGAACCUGAGAUUCACCUGGAGGACUGUAAAGAAGUUCUUCUUGAAUUUAAGAAGGAGAUUUCAGAGAACAAAGCUAAAUCAUUCAAGAAGGAUAUUCAGAGACUGUCUUUAAAUAGUGACAUAUUUGAGGCAAAUUCUGAUAGUGACCAGCUAAGUGAAACAAAAGAAGAUUCUUCCCCAAGGAAGAAGAAAAAGAAAUUAAGGUACAAAGAAGAUAAAAACCCAGACGAUCUGAAAAAGAGAAGAACAAAGACUGGCAAACUGAGAGUAAAAUCAGAGCUGGGGAGCUCCUCUGAAAGUUUAGUUUUAGAUUUAAGGACAAAGAAAAGAACUUUGGAAGCCAAAGAAGAAUUAAAGGACUCCAAAAAGACCAGAAAGGAUGAAAUAAAAGAAACUAAGGAAUUAAGAAAAAGUAAGAAGGCAGAUAUAAGAGAUGUGAAGAAUAAAGUAAAAGAAGAUCCCAAAGACAACAGAAAAAUAAAAAAAGAGAAAUGGAUUGACUAUCAGCUGGAAUCUGAAUCAAGUAUACUUACUGAUUCCUCUUUUCAGGAGGAGGAGAAGGAAGAGCUUCAUUCUGACAACAGAGAAGAAAAACAAACACUAAACAGUGCAAAAGAUAGAGUAGAGCAGGAUGCAAACCAAGAUGGUAUUUUUGAGAAACAGCUGAAUGACACUGUCAGUGCAGAUGAGGAUGACAGUGGCAAAGGCAAGAGGAGAAAAAAGAAGCCGAGAAAGACUGAGGAAGUGAAAGAGAUCAUAAUGCUAGAAAACAAGAAGAUCCUUUCAGAGAAGAAAACUCUACCUAAAAAGAGGAAUCAGGGAAUCAAGCCAAGCGACAUAGAGUUAGAUAAGCUAAUGCCAUAUUUGUCUGCCCAAACACAGAAGAGUUCCAGAUCUGCUAGUGAAGAUAGGGGCCUCCUGUCAUCUGACUCUGCCCAGGAGGAAAAAGAGGCCCCAAAAAAUGACCUCAAAGAAAAGUCUCCGAAAAAGCCUGAUUUAGACAAGGAAGAAAAAGGUCAAAAAGAGCCAAAGGGAUUAAGGACACUAGCAAUUAAGGAAAUAAAAAAUGCACUUGAUUUACUUAAAAAACCUACUGAAGAAAAAAAUGAUGUGCCUGAAACUAAUCGGAAAAAAGAAGAAAUGUCACUGGAUUGUAAAAGCACAGAAGAUUGUAAGAUGAAGGAAAGCACGCAUUCACCUAAAGAAAAGAGAAAUACCAGAGAAGAGACUGACACUUGGGCAUACAUUGCUGCAGAAGGUGAUCAGGAAGUUUUGGACAGUGUAUGCCAAACGGAUGAGAAUUCAGAUGGUAGGCAACAGAUCUUCAGUUUGGGCAUGGAUCUGCAGCUGGAGUGGAUGAACCUUGAAGAUUUUCAAAAGCACCUAGAUGGGGAAGAUGAGACGCUUGCCACAGUGAAUGUCAUUCCAAAUAACAUGUUAAGGGAUGCUGUGAAAAAUGGGGAUUAUAUUACUGUAAAGGUUGCACUCAACUCAGAUGAAGAGUAUAACUUGGACCAAGAGGACUCCAGCGGGAUGACGCUGGUGAUGCUCGCGGCAGCGGGAGGGCAGGAUGACCUCCUGAGGCUCCUCAUCACCAAAGGGGCCAAAGUGAACGGACAACAGAAGAAUGGGACCACAGCCCUCAUCCACGCCGCUGAGAAGAACUUUUUAACCACUGUGGCUAUUCUUUUGGAAGCGGGGGCCUUUGUAAAUGUUCAGCAGAGCAAUGGCGAGACCGCUCUCAUGAAGGCUUGUAAAAGAGGAAAUUCGGACAUUGUGCGGCUUGUGAUUGAAUGGGGAGCUGAUUGCAACAUUUUGUCAAAGCACCAGAAUAACGCACUUUACUUUGCAAAGCAGUGCAACAACAUGCUUGUGUAUGAAUUACUGAAGAGCCAUUUGGAGACGCUCUCAAGAGUGGCGGAAGAGACAAUCAGAGAUUAUUUUGAGGCUCGCCUUGCUCUGUUGGAACCUGUUUUCCCAAUAGCAUGUCACCGCCUCUGUGAGGGGCCAGAUUUUACAACAGAUUUCAAUUACAACCCUCCACAGAACAUACCAGAAGGCUCUGGCAUCCUGCUCUUUAUUUUCCAUGCGAACUUUUUGGGUAAAGAAGUUAUUGCUCGGCUCUGUGGCCCAUGCAGUGUACAAGCAGUAGUUUUAAAUGAUAUAUUCCAACUUCCUGUUUUUCUGGAUAGUCAUUUUGUUUAUUCAUUCAGCCCCAUUGCAGGCCCUAAUAGGCUCUUUAUAAGAUUGACAGAAGCACCCUUUACCAAGGUUAAGCUGCUCAUAGGUGCGUACCGAGUGCAGCUGCAGUGACCCUCGGACUGCCACACACGCUUUCCACAUGGAUUCCUAAGUACUCUCUUUAAUGCAGUUUGGAAUUCUGGCACACCUGAAAGUUUCAAAUGUAAAAUUUCACCUGCAAAUCUCUUGUGUCAUGUGUUGUAGUACGGUAGAAUAUGAUGGCUCUAACAUAAGUAAAAUCGAGAUGUAAUUAUUUGUAAUCAGAAGUUUCAGCCUUGUAUCCAGACUGCAUAUUUCAGUUUUUCCACAAUGUGGAAUGGUAUAUAUAAGAACUAUUUAAGAAAAUUAAAGAAGACUUUAACUUGAAA